CUACAUGGUCUUCGGUACAUCCCUUCUCCAGACACUAUGCCUUAGUGAAUGCCUCCAGAUGUGAUACAGCAGUUGGCAGUGCAGUUCUUUCCUUUGUAACGGCCUCUACUCUGAAGCUCCCUGCCCUGCUUAUGGGGAUACUGUUUGGGAGUCACCGGAAGUGGAGCGCCCAUCGGGACACUACACAAAGAAGAAAGAGAGAUUACUUACCCUGUGCAGUAACUGUAGUUCUUUGAGAUGUGUGUUCCUAUGGGUGAUCCAUUAUCUGCCCUCCUUCCCCUCUGCUUUGGAGUUUCCUUCUGAGACUCAGUGGUGGACAGGGUACUGAGGGCAGUUCACUUGCACAGCCUGAGAUAACCUUGGUGCAGGGCACGAGAAUAUCAACAGUGCAUCCAUGGGCCACAUGGAUACUGCUAAUGAAAUUCUCCAGUAGAAGGCAUGUGGGGCACACGUGCACCUGAAGGGGAGAAUCCAUAAGGGGACACAUCUCAAAGAACUACAGUUAUUGCACAGGGACAGUUAUUCUGAGCGAAGGACCCUGCAAGGCCUACUAAGUGGUUAUCAUGGGCUUAAUUGCAUUUUUGAAGACCCAGUUUAUAGUUCAUCUCCUCAUUGGGUUUGUCUUCGUUGUGAGUGGGUUGAUCAUUAACUUCGUCCAACUAUGCACACUAAUCCUCUGGCCUAUAAACAAGCAGUUUUAUCGCCGAGUAAACUGUCGCCUUGCCUAUUCGCUCUGGAGCCAGUUAGUAAUGUUGCUGGAAUGGUGGUCAGGCACAGAAUGCACUUUAUUCUCAGACCAGGCCACAGUGGAUAAAUUUGGAAAAGAACAUGUGAUCAUCAUCUUGAAUCACAACUUUGAAAUUGACUUCUUGUGUGGUUGGACUAUGACUGAACGCUUUGGAGUGUUGGGGAGUUCCAAAGUUCUUGCUAAGAAAGAACUGUUGUAUGUGCCCUUGAUUGGUUGGACGUGGUACUUCCUUGAGAUCGUUUUCUGCAAAAGGAAAUGGGAAGAAGACAGAGAUACGGUUAUUGAGGGAUUAAGACGUUUGUCUGAUUAUCCUGAAUAUAUGUGGUUUCUCCUGUAUUGUGAAGGAACUCGUUUUACAGAAACUAAGCAUCGUAUCAGCAUGGAGGUGGCUGAAUCCAAAGGGUUGCCUAAAUUGAAAUAUCAUCUGUUGCCCAGAACCAAAGGUUUCACCACUGCUGUCCAGUGUCUCAGGGGAACAGUUUCAGCAGUGUACGAUGUAACGCUAAACUUCAGAGGAAACAAGAACCCAUCUUUAUUAGGAAUCCUUUAUGGAAAGAAAUACGAAGCAGAUAUGUGUGUAAGGAGAUUUCCUCUUGAAGAUAUCCCUGUAGAUGAAAAGGAAGCUGCAAACUGGCUUCAUAAACUGUACCAGGAGAAGGAUGCUUUACAAGAGAUGUAUAAUCAGGAAGGCAUAUUUCCCGGCCGUCAGUUUAAACCUCCUAGAAGACCAUGGACUCUGCUAAACUUCCUCUUCUGGGCUACUGUUCUGCUCUCUCCUCUCUUCACCUUUGGUUUUGGAAUUUUUGCAAGUGGAUCACCCCUUCUUAUCCUUGCAUUCCUGGGAUUUGUUGGAGCAGCUUCCUUUGGAGUUCGUAGACUGAUAGGAGUAACCGAAAUAGAAAAAGGCUCCAGCUAUGGCAACCAAGAAUUCAAGAAAAAGGAAUAACUCUCAGCUGCAGCACAGCACAUAAAACCAGACUAUGGUAUCAAAUUAACUUAAUUAAAAACACUUAGAAACUA